AUGAACAAUCGAAAAUCACCUUCGAAACAACAACGUACAAAAAAUUCUCAUCUACAAUCUGUAUCAAAUUCAAAUUAUAUACGAUCGAAUAAUAGUAAUAUUAAUUUAUCAUAUAUAAAAAAUUCAAAUUCUCAAUAUCGUCAUUAUUCUCAUACAAAUUCACCUAUUGCUAUAUCAGCUAGUUCAUCACCAGCUGUACCAUUAUUUUAUUCUCAAAUAUAUGCUGAUCCACCUGAAUGUUCAUUAUUACCAAAACCACCUGAAUCAUGGUAUUUAAAUACUAAUAAUAAUGAAAAUCUUUCAAUUGAUAUUAAAAAAAAACAAAAUGAAAUACCAAAAGAAAAAUUUCAACAAAAAUCAUAUCAUAAAAAUAAUAAUAAUAGAGGUUUUUAUAGUCCAUUUUAUAUAACAAAAACUUAUGAAAAAUUUCCAGCACAAUAUAUAUCUGUUAAAGGUUAG